UCCUCUCUCUUUGCUUCCCAGAUGCCAUGAGGAGAACAUGAACUCCCACCAUGUUGUACGACAGUGCUACGGGCUCAAAGCCACAGGGACACGCAACCCUGGACUGACAUCUCUGAAACGAUCAGCUUCAUUACACUACGAAUACUUAGUUUCAAAUCCUUUGAGAAGCCUGAGCUAAGACCAGCUGGCACUGGCUGUCAAUCCCUGAACCAAUCAACAUGGGGUUGUCCAUGAGGAUAAAAAGGAGGGGCGAUUCCCCAGAAAAGCGGUGCUUUUCAUCACCAGCCACGGCAAAGAUCUAAAUUCAAAAUCCAAGUUAAAAAUUAAAAUGACUUUUGCAAUUUUGAAAGCUACUUGGAUCAUUCAGAGGCUGUGUGAUUGAUUACAAAAUUAUAUAAUUGGUUGCAAAAGUCUGAAAGCAUCCUCCAAAUCUUGACAAGAGGGCCAUCGAUGGCAAUGACGAACGGAUGGGAACCACGAGGAGGCACUUGUUGAAAUUCAUUUACCUUCCCUGGCAUUCAGGCUGCUUCCAUAGUUUGGCUAUUGUGAACCGCGCUGUAUAGACAUGGUCUACCAACACUCUCUGAAGCUGUGUGCCACGUGACUCUGCAUGGUGUGCCUCCUACCACCAGGACCUGGGGAAAUGGAGGCCAGAGACAAGCAAGUGCUCCGCUCCCUCCGCCUGGAGCUGGGUGCAGAGGUACUGGUGGAGGGACUGGUUCUUCAGUACCUUUACCAGGAAGGAAUCUUGACAGAAAACCAUGUCCAAGAAAUCAAAGCUCAAGCCACAGGCCUCAGGAAAACAAUGCUGCUGCUGGAUAUCCUCCCCUCUAGGGGCCCAAAAGCAUUUGAUACCUUCCUAGAUUCCCUGCAGGAGUUUCCCUGGGUGAAGGAGAAGCUGGAGAAGGCAAGAGAAGAAGCUGUCAUUGAGCUGCCUGCAGGUGAUCGGACGCCUGGGCUCCCCUCACACAUCCUCAACAGCUCCCCAUCAGACAAGCAGAUCAACCAGCUGGCCCAGAGGCUGGGCCCCGAGUGGGAGCCUGUGAUGCUGUCGCUGGGACUGUCCCAGACGGAUAUCUACCGCUGUAAGGCCAACCACCCCCACAACGUGCAGUCACAGGUGGUGGAGGCCUUCGUCCGCUGGCGGCAGCGCUUCGGGAAGCAGGCCACCUUCCUGAGCUUGCACAAGAGCCUGGAGGCCGUGGAGGUGGACCCCUCGGUGCUCCAGCACAUGCUGGAGUGACGCCACCCCGUCAGCCCUGGGGAGGGGCCCCAAGUCACUCAUGCUGAAUCCCGACUCACUCAGAGCAGGUGGAUUUUUGUUUUUUUUCUUUUCACUGAUCCUUAGAUGGAGAGAGAAAACAGUUUCUACUUGACUUUACUUAAAAAGCCAAAUUACUCAGCAGAUCUCCUACAUUGGUUCAACAAUUGAUUGUUUUUAAUUGCUUGAAGAUGGUAUUUUAAUUGUAGUUUUUAACUGUGCGGUUGUGUUUUAAUAGACCAGUAAAUCAUAGUGGUUCAAAAAAAAAAAAAAAAAAACCACCAUGUUAUCACAUCACAUGCAGGUGUGCCACAUAUAAAACUCCACCCUCAUGUUGCCUGGAAACUGAACUGUGGACUUUGCUAUUCAUAAUGAUGAUGAUAAUAAACAGUGAAUUACUAUACAUA